CAAAAGCCAUGAAAUUUGCGAAACGCGUAUGUUAUUCGUGCUGUGCGUUGAUUUGGGCUGCAUUGGUGUUUGCAUCUCUGCUGACUCGUGGGCGGGUGAGACAGGUGAUUCAUCAUCAGCACGCAACGGCAAAUCCAACAUACGAUCCGUUGGGUUCGGAAAUGUUUGUGAGUUCCGGUUUUGAGGAAAUUUGGGAUCAACAUGUCCAAUGUUUCGACAAAUCGACUGUCUCUUUGACGCUCGCUUUUGAUGUUGGACGGAAUGGUUUGACCAAUCAGCACAUUGCUUUGCUGCACGGUUUCGCAGUGGCUGUUUUGCUGGGAGCCGAAACCAUUGUUGAGCCCCGAUUGUGGAUUGGUCUCAAAGAAAUUUCACUGCAACAGCUUUACGACGGCGCCCAAAUCAGUAAAGCCCUGAAACAACUCAAUAUAGCCUUUCUUCCAGAGCCACCAAACAACGUCGAAACUGUGGAUUUGGAACUGCAAAACAAUAUGGGUGGAGAACCACUGCGAGCGAUUUGUUCCAGAGCUCGGAACGUUCUGCGCAGAAAAUCCAAACCGAAAGGUUUUCUUCUCCAUCUGGGUUUGGCAGCAGGUUUGCUGAGAGUCGAAGAAUCCAAUUUGGGGUUGAUAUCAUUUCUCGACAAACACCUGGAAUACAAUCAAGGCAUUCAAAUGGCAACUCAAAACAUUUUGAAUAAGUUGCCGACGGCAUUCAACGGCCUUCACUUGUCGCCUGAGACUUACAAGACUCUGCCAAAAGAGGUGGUACCAAAAUUGAUGGAAGCAGGAUUCGGCUUCGACACAACACUAUUUGUCGCUUCAGAGGUGCCAUUGGAAGGAUUUGAAACUGGAGCUUGGUUGCCUUACCAUAUGGUGACGAUUUUGAACUUCUCGGAGGAAACCACCAUGGAUGGCAUGGAUGGCACGGAUGGUCACAUGGAAUUUUGGGAUUUUUUGGGCCCAAUGAAUCAGCUGAUCCUGCAGAAGGCCAUCAAUUUCACAGGUUUCAGCCUAUCAAACCACAGCUGUGCCAUUGCCCAGCACCGUUGGAGAAGCCGCGGGAGCUGUGACAAAGCCUAUGAUUCGGGGACCUAUUUUGAUGGACCGUCCACUCCCAUGUUUCUCUGGCGCGGAGAUUGGCCAUGGUGGCCCUCGUGCGAAAAAGACGUUGGUGGUGCUUCCCAGGCGAUACCAAAACGAAUUGUUAGUCAAAGCUGCCGCUUGAUUUUCUUUGCUGGAGUUGAGGGCACAGGCCACCACUUCUGGCAUUCUUUGCUGCCACAUUUGCAUCCAUUCACAACCUGGUCAGAAAAUUUCUCUGCCCAAUUGUACGAUAAUUAUCACAAGGUGGGUUUUUUCAGCACCUGGGACGAAUCCGUUCGGUCAAACCACUCUAUUCGAAUCAAGCAGCUGAUGGCAGAUGCUGAUCGAAGUAUUCGCGAACAGGGUGGUGGCAUCCUACCCUUGAAUGUCUUGUCUGAAGGAACUUCUGGGAUGAUGUCCUAUCCCAAUUUGUUCGGAGUUGACCGAGCCCUUCAAUAUCCGAAUGUCCAUGCACUAGCGAAAUUGGCUGAAGAUGCUGGAGUUGAUUUACGUAUCGUGUUGUUGGUCCGACAUCCUGGGAGUAUUGUCCGCAGUGGUUUGAAAAGACAUUUUGAGAAAACACAAAUGCAUGCUAUCAAGAUGUACACUUUGGCCCUGGCUUUGUUGAGCGCACAACUCAGCCUGCUCGAUCCUUCCUUUUUUGCUUGCUGGAGAUAUGAAGCACCCACUGUUGGGAUUUCUGAUCUUUUGCAGUUCAUGGGGUCACGGGAGGACCCUGAUGAUUUCAAGCAAGUUGUUGCAAAAGAAUCCAGACAGGGUGCCAACGAAAUUGGUGCUACUCCUGCAGCCUUACAAACCGCUACGGCGUUGCACAAUGCAAUGCUGUCAAAGUACUGCAACGCCAGCUUGGCAGACGACAAUGUUUCUUCCCAGAAGUUACCAAAACGAAUUGUUAGUCAAAGCUGCCGCUUUCCAUUUUUUGCUGGAAUUGAGGGCACAGGCCACCACUUCUGGCACUCUUUGCUGCCAUAUUUGCAUCCAUUCACAAACUGGUCAGGAAAUUUGUCAGCCGAAUUGUACAGUGGAGAUCACAAGACGGGUUUUUUCAGCACCUGGGACGAAUCCGUUCGGUCAAACCACUCUAUUCGAAUCAAGCAGAUGAUGGCAGAUGCUGAUCGAAGUAUUCGCGAACAGGGUGGUGGUAUUGUACCAUUGAAUGUCUUAAAUGAAAGAGUAUCUGGGAUGAUGUCUUAUCCCAACUUUUUAGGUCGUACCAGAGCCCUUCAGAACCCUGAUGUCCCUGCAUUAGCAAAAUUGGCUGAAGAUGCUGGAGUUGAUUUACGUAUCGUGUUGUUGCUCCGACAUCCCAGGAGUGUUGUCCGCAGUGGUAUGAGAAGGGGUUAUGAGAAAGGUGGUCUGAUACAUGCCAUCAGUAUGUACACUGCGACCCUGUCUUUGUUGAGUACACACCUCAGCCUACUUGAUCCUUCUUUCAUUGCUUGCUGGAGAUAUGAAGCACCCAAUGUUGGAAUUUCUGAUCUUUUGUCAUUCAUGGGGUCACAGGAGGACCCUGGGGAUUUCAAGCAAAUUAUUGCCAAAUACUACAGAGGCGGCAAAAAACAUGCUUCUUCUGCAGGGGAGAAGCUGGCGGAUGAAGCCUUGCAAACUGCCACAGCCUUGCAUAAUGAACUUAUAGCCAAAUAUUGCAAACCAAGAUCAGCACAUGCCCGGCCUUGACAAAA